CGGGAGCUGGGGCCGGGGGUCAGCGGUACUCCUUGCCACUGCGCCCCAGCGCAAGCUGGCGGUGUGAGAGGGGGUCGCCUUGCGCAUUGGCACCUACAGAGGCGGAACGGGGGUUAACGCUUCAUUUGCUCGUUGAGGGUAGAGAUCUUGAACCCAGAUGGGUGUUACAGGCGGAAACUCAGCAGGUGAAGCCUCUCCUGGCCCGGAGAUGUAGGAAGUGAGAAAAGCUGUACCUGUUUGGUUUCUGUCUGUUACGCAGCUCCUAAAGUUCUGCCCGGCGAGAAGAUGGUGUCAGUCCUUAAGGGAAUGAGGUUCAGAGGUGCUUUUGGGUUAAGAGCAGUUCGUGCUGCCUUUUCUUGUGUUUUGUGUUUGUGGUUGUUUUGCAGGCAACACAGAUGCAUCUGGCUGUUUCCUCUUUUCUGAGGACCGUUGUGUAAUUAUGGGGCACGUAGUUUCUAAAAGAGAAGGAAGGCUCCAGGGUUCAAGCUUGCUUUCAGAAGACGCUCAUUAUCCUGGAAGCCUGCCUAAUCGCUGACAGGCAGUGUCUGACUUUUUUGUUCUUUAGGGCUGUGGAAAGACUAUAGAUGUUUCGGUGCAUCCUAUUCCUUUCAUGUGUUUGGGACUCAGCUUAAGUCCAGUGCGGUGUUUGGUUAAAACUAUAAGAGUGGCAGGGUACGGGGAACAUUUGCAUAAAGGAAGAUUGGUUUCGAAGUGUCCUCAAGCUGAUUGCUGUGAUUAUGAAACUAGUGGGCUAUCAUGUGGUACCGGUAAUAUAAGGCUGAAGCCAUGUGGCAACAGUGUUGGUAUGUCAGCUGAUUCCUGUUGAGUUAAUGUGAUGGGCUGUGGAAAUUGUAGAGUCCUCAACAAGUAGAGUCAAUGAAUUUUUCAUGGUACAGCUCUUUUGCCGGCAGUGCUGCUUGAGCUUUAGAGAAGAAUGUGCGCUUUAAAAAUUGCCCAUCUGUUAAGUGUGACACAAAUAACAGUAAUAAUUGGAGUGAAGCUCUGCCCAUAUUGAAGAUAUAAGGAGAAGUUUAAUAGAAAUUUAGAGUGACUAAAUAUGCCGGAAAAGGAGGAACUGAUGCAAUGUUGUGUUCCUCAUGCAUACACAAGUUGCAUAUUUUCCAGCGUACCUUUGAAACCAGGCCGAAGUCUUAUGGACUGGAUUCGAUUAACUAAAAGUGGGACAGAUCUCACUGGUCUAAAAGGAAAAUUAAUAGAGGUGACUGAAGAAGAGCUUGCUAAGCAUAAUAAGAGGACUGACUGUUGGAUAUGCAUAAGAGGUCUCGUGUAUAAUAUCACACCGUAUAUGGAAUAUCACCCUGGUGGCGAAGAUGAGUUGAUGAAAGCAGCAGGAGCUGAUGGCACAGAGCUAUUUGAUCAGGUUCAUCGCUGGGUAAAUUAUGAAUCGAUGCUGAAAGAAUGUUUGGUUGGAAGAAUGGCACUCAAACCUUUUGCUGCUUUGAAAGAAUCUUGCCCCAUUGUACCUGAAGAAAACAGAAUCUUAAAUGGUCUGUUUUCUAAAAAGAAAGUCACGGAUAAUUAUUCCAAAGAAGUAGUUCCCAGUUAUGAUUGGUUCCAGACAGACGGUUCCAUCACCGUGGUCAUAUACACGAAACAAAAGGAUAUGAACAGUGAAUUGGUGAUAGCUGAUCUUCAAGAACGUAAACUGAGAGGAGAGCUGAUUGUGAAAGACUACUCGUAUCUUUUACAUCUUGAACUGAGUUAUGCAGUUCAUGAGGAUAUGAUAGUACAGGUCUCUGAAAAAGUGGGAAAGGUAGAAUUUGUCCUGAAGAAGAAAGAAAUUCUGUCUUGGAAAAAACUUGGACAGCCAUUGGAAAGUCAUAACUCCUUUGUCAAACGCACAGAGAGAGGUCUGUAUUACAGAAAAUGCAGAUUGCUGUCAAAGACAAAUGUCAGUCAUGACACCCAACUCUUCUGUUUAGCAUUACCGCUGGGAACUCAUCUCCUAGUCCCUGUUGGGCACCAUGUUUACCUCAGACAAACUAUUACAGGCACAGAGAUAGUGAAGCCAUAUACACCAGUGCCAUCUUUCUUGGUGUCUACAUUCAAAAACCCCUGUCAUGAUGAUCAGUUGCAUAUAUUUUUCAUAAUCAAAAUUUACCCAAGUGGACUAUUCACACCAGUACUUGAUGCCCUACGAAUAGGGGAGUAUAUUUCUGUGAGUAAUCCUGAAGGUAACUUCACGAAAUCGCAAAUGGAAGAUGUAGAGGAUCUGUUUUUAUUGGCCGGAGGCACAGGAUUCACCCCAAUGGUUAAGCUGCUCAGCUACGCUCUGACCAGUAGCAAGAGUCUCAGGGCAGUGAAAUUUAUGUUCUUCAACAAGACGGAAGAUGACAUACUUUGGAGAAAUCAGCUGGAGCAACUAGCCCUGAAUGAUGCAAGAUUUGAGGUUCACUUUGUCCUCUCGGAGCCAAAGAAAGGCUGGAAAGGCAAAGAAGGAAAAAUUUCUUCCUCUCUUCUUUCCCAAUUUGUGAAAAGAAGUAAAUGUGAUUCUAAGGUGCUCAUAUGUAUCUGUGGUCCACCACCUUUCAUGGAGCAAGGAAUGCAGUUUCUGCAAGAUGUUGGGUACUCCUCUAAAGAAAUACACUGUUUUACAGCUUAAAUAUGCAGCAUUAAGACCCUAGGUUGUGCACUUCAAAAACAUUGUUUUUUUAAAAAAAUGCAAGAAAAUAUUAUGCAUGAAUAUCUUGUUCUUUUUAAUGUGAUUACUUGAACUCUUGUCAUAUUUAGGUGAGGGUGGGUUCUUUUAUAUUCUGCUGUUUUGAAAUUGUAUUUAUUUUUCUUACUAUAUCAAACUUCACCAGAAUAUUUUAAGGGGUAAGUAAACUAGCACGUGUAUGUAUUGCACAGGUAUGAACUUUGUCCUCCAUCAAGUACAAUUUAGUAGCAUCCCUUUGCACUGGUUACUAUGUCUAUAUAGGCACUAGAGACCUUAUUUUAAAUUAUAACUUCACCACUUUCCAAAGUCUCGGCAAUAUAGUAUGAAGUUAUAUGUUACACAGUUAACUCAGGAAAACCAUCUUACAGGUGUCAUAAUGCUGUAGUAUUGUAAAUAACGAGUGUUCUUAUAAUUUAUAUGCAAAAUAUCGGUUUUAUAUACUAAAUCACUUUUUGUAUCAGGAUAAUAAAAACAAGAUGGUUGCAUUUAAAUACAUCAAUUUGUUCAUUAUUAUUUUUAAAUAUAAUGUUAUUGCAUUUCAGAACAACCACAAAAAUCUACAGAACUCAAAAACACCAGUCUCUUCCCCACUAGCAUCCACUGACCCUCCACCCACCCAUUCCCCAGGUAGUUUAAUGUCAUCAGCACAUAGUUCAAGUGGCUAUCCAUACUCAUAGCUACUAUUAACAUAGAAGCAUAGAAUUGUAGAGUUGGGAGUAGCCCUGUAGUCCAAACCCCCUGCAAUGCAGGAAUCUCAGCUAAAGCAUCCAUGACAGAGGGCCAUCCAACCUCUGCUUAAAGGCCUCCAAUGAGGGAGAGUCCACCACCUCUUGAAGAAGUCCGUUCCACUUUCGAAGAGCUCUUAGCAUCAGAAAGUUCUUCCUGCUGUUUAGUUGGAAUCUCCUUUCCCGUCACUUGAAGCCAUUGGUUCAGAUCCUACCCUCCGAAAGCAAGGGAAUCCAAGCUUGCUCCAUCUUUCGUGUGACAGAUCUUUAGAUAUUUGAAGAUGGCUAUUGUAUCUCCUCGCAACAUCCUCUUAUCCAGGGUAAACAUCCAACUCCCUUAACUCUUCCUCGUAAGGCUUGGUUUCCCGACCUUGAUCAUCUUGGUCGCCCACCUCUGCACACAUCUCUGCUUGUCAAUAUCCUCCAUAAACUCUGGUGCCCACAAUUGGACACAGUACUCCAUGUGUGGUCUGACCAAGGCAGAAUUGAGCAGUACUAUUACUUCCCUUGAUGUGGCCAUUAUACUUCUGUUGA